CUGGAAACUAGCAAGCCAUUUCAUUUAAAAAACUGAAAUCUGUUACUAAGCUCAUUGCAAAUAGUCAGCUCUGAUGUCUGACAAGUACAACACAUUACUUUUUUUUUCCUGCUUGAUUGCUCAUGUAUUCAAAGAAGUGCGAUGGCCACUUGAUUGCUGUUUUAAAAAUGGAAACAUUUUUCAUUGUGACUUCAAAUUCAGAAACUUUACAACUUGACACAGCAGCAUUCCAGUAAUAACUUAAUGACUAUUCAUAAAAUUUAAUUUAAGGAAACCACUAAAAGAAGAAAUUGAAACUAACGGUGCUUACUCUAGCAGUGGGUUCAGAGAUGAUCACAUGUAUGCUGAGCAAGUAUGUGUAAGUUCCUACCCCGAAGGACAUUUCACAGUUAACAAGGCUCUCUAGAAGAGGUGUAAUCUGUUAGGGUUGAACAGAGAAAGACUGACUUAAGCAGAUAAAUUAAAAAAAUGACUGAUAAGUGUCUUGUGUGUCUGCUUGGACUGAUAAUUCUGCGCUCCGUUCUAACAGGUACCAGCGGAGUGAAUGAGACUCAUGUGUUCUGCAAUUCUGGUGAAAAUGUCCUUCUCCUCUGUAAUAAUGCUCUUUCUGACUGCACAUCAACUACAUGGCUCUAUGACACACAUUCAGGGGCAGUUGAACUGAUUGCCGAAAGGAAAACAAAGAAUGACAUAGAGAGACAUGAGAGAUUGAGUCUGGGCUCUAACUGCUCUCUGAACAUCAAGAAAGUCACAGAAGAAGAUCAUGGAUCUUACAGCUGCCGACAAUAUGUGAAUAAUAAACAACAAGGGCCUGAUGCACGUGUUUAUCUGCAUGUUCUUCAGGUCUCUUCAUCAUCCUCACAGACUGAGCUCAGACCAGGCAGCUCUGUGACUCUCUCCUGUCUGUUAAAUUCACAUCAAAUCCCUUGUGAUACUUUGGUCCAAACUGAGGAUAUUCGGCUGAUCUGGGUGAAUCUGGCUGGUGUGGAUCUGCAGACAGACCCCAGAUAUCAGGUGUCCUUCUCCUCAGAAAAGUGUAUCAGCACUCUGAAAACAACACUCCUGAAUGAAGAUCACAACAGAGAGUGGAGAUGUCAGGUUACUCAGAGAAAAGAAGUGAAGGCUUCAGCCACAUAUACUGUCAAGUAUUCAGAUCACUCAACUACAAACCCAUCAGAAUCUCAUACACAAGUGAUCGUGAUUUCUGCUGUGCCUGCUGCAUUAGCUGUUGUCCUUGUGGUUGUUCUCUGGGUGAUCUGUAAAAACAGAACUGAUAAUAAAAGAAGGACUGACAGCUAUGUGGUCAAAGAGAAGAAUGAACAUAAUGGAACCUAUGAAACAAUCAGCAUGUCCAUUCCUAUGCCAAACAUCAAUGACCAGACUGAUGAUGUGACCUAUUCUGAGGUGACCGCUCUCAGUAAAAAACAAGUACAAGUUGACAAUGAUCAUUCUAAUGAUACAGUGACCUACGCUGCCAUCAGAGGAACAUAAUAUGCACCUCAGGAUGGGCUUUACACCUCUGUGAACAACACCACUACCCUCACAAAUAAACAUUAAAGUGAACAGUCAGUAAUUAUGCAAAUCAUUGCAUGACCUCAUAUGAGCAGAUAAGUAUUUUUUCUUUUUUUUGCAUCAACUGAGCUUAAUGAGAUUCAUUGAAUGUUAAGAAAAAGAGCUUUACAUUGAAUAUUUGUUGAAUGUACUGUGAAAAUGUACAAACAAAAUUUAAAAUGAAAGUACUGUUAAAAAGUUUCCCACAUUUUCAACCACAUGUGGUUAAAAAAAAAACAUUUUCCUGAAAUAUUCUGAAAAAAAGUGCAUGUGUCAUAAAAUGAAAUGUCUGGAGCAUUUUGUCCUACAUCAUUAGCCCAGUCUCCAGCACUGCAUUUCCCAGAAUCCAUCUUGGUUCCCUCCUAUGCACACUUGAUUAACUGCACUAUUUAUCUCAUCAUUAGUUCCCCAUUUAAGUACACACCUUUGUUCCACAUUGGAUCUGGUCUUAUACUAGGAAGGAUUCUAUUACCUGCUCGCCAUGUUUCCUGGUGUUCUGUGAUUGUUUCUGGGGUUAUUUACACGUUGUGUUUUUCCUCUCUGGUUUCCAUUGACAUCAUUCCUAUUUUUAAGACAAAAGUCUUAAAACUUUAUAUCUCCAUCGCUCCCCAUACUCAAGACUGUGCACUUAUAUUCACCUGUUAAGCCUGUGUUUGCCUUGUGUUACUGGAUUCACUUACUCUUCUUCUGAGUUUUUGUCUUCAAUCAGAAGUAACUUCUUGAUCAGGGUUGCCAACUCUCACACAUCUGGCGUGACACUCACGCUUUCAGCAUCACGAUGAACUUCAAGUGUCAUUUUCAUGCCAGAUUAAUUGAUGGAACAUUUUAAAAGCAGAAUUUACUUUUAAAUGAAUACUUGUGUCAUGUAAUAGUAUGAAAACAAUGUUAUUUAUUGAGACAGAAUCUAAACUACCCAAAUAUUUUAAACAUCAACUGAAAUAAAAUUUUCAGAUGUAUCCCGGUAGUUUGUUUCCUAUAGAGUGUGAAAACGUUUAACUAUCAUCUGUUCACUUUGCAGUAUUAACUGUUUGUUUAUUUCUCAUUUGUUCUCAAACUGUUUAUUCAUUGAUGGAUUUAUACAUAGGCACCAUGUAAGUUAUUUGGAAUCGUUGUUAUUUAUUUGUUUAUGGUUAUGGCAGGAGAUGUAGUUCUAAUUGAGGUUGUGUUAUGCAGCAUCUUACACUUACUGUGCCUUGUUAGUAACAGUAAGCAUAGCAUGUUGCAUAAUACAUAAAGUUACAAGUUUUUUUACUUUAUUCAUUUAUCAGGACAAUGCAUUAACAACAGUACGCGUGUAACAUGCCAGAGUUAGCCAAUGGCUAAUUUUCAUCUGUAGUCCUGUUUACCAGUUGUACACUGGCAUCCUAAGGAGAGUACAAUUAUAAAAGUUUGCAUGUACAUACAGCUUUAUUUGUCUGCUACAGCAUAGCUGCAGUAGACGAGAAUUGUGAAAAUGUGAAAUAUCACUAAUAAGUUCUAAAAAACACCAUAUUCACACAGGCAUUAGCGUCAUGUUGCAACAGGUUACAAAAAUUUCUUAGAACUGUUUCACACGAGAACUAGCAUGAAAGUACACAUUAGUUUUCUCUGUGAACCCAGUUUAGAAUAAAUUGUUGCAUUAGUAGUUCCUCUUUCUUUUAACAAGUUGCUUCAUACCAUUCUAUAUUGAUCUCAACUGUAGGAGCUUAUGAAGAUCUGGACACUCAUGCUAGUCUUUGAGUCUACAUGUGAAUUGAAGUUAUCACUGCAUGUUAUCAUUAGCCUAACUCCAUAAUAAAAUAACGUUCACAUUCAGGAAGCUGGUGCUGCUCAUCUCUCCACUGUUGACACUGUUAAUUCUCCCCGAAUAAUUAAGCAAUUACUGUAGCUCAUAAGCCAUGAUGCUGUAGUCAAGACCAGAUCGUUUUCAUUUUCACAAUCUCUCAAUAAGAGUUUGUCUGAACCUGGUGAGUUACAGACAGUGUUUCUACCAGUGGAGCAGAAGAGACUUGUUUGUUCUGCAGUCAGAAAGAGCAUUAUCACAUGGACAUUUUCACCAGAACUGCUAUCUAAGUCUUAGCCAGACUCUUUGCUAAAACGUUGUUGUUUUUAAAUAAAUGGUUUACAUUUAUACAGAUUUGAUCAAUCUUACAGACACCUUUACCUGUGAGAAGAUCUGACCCAUUGAUUCCACACACCUCACUUGGUUAAAACUAUGUUUUGUGAUAAUACAUCAAAUUGUUGAAAAGAACGGGUAAUUGUGA